CUGUCGCACAAUCCAACCCGCUCGCUGCUCCCUUCACUUCGUUUCACUUACACAAGUCGUCACCACCCGCGCCGCGGCAACCAUGAGAGUGCUCUCCUAUCGCCUUGUCACCACGGCCUCGCGGUGGGCGCGAGGUCCGUCAUUCACCGCGGCCGAGUCCAAGAUCUUCGAACCAACAGUUCCAACUUCGCCAGCUCCAAGCCGCCCAGCCUUGAAUCAACCCCCAAUCAGAGCCAGUGCGGCCCGCACAAAAACCUGGAUGAGCUGGGACCGCCUCCGCGAGAGGGACGAGUGGGAAGAUCUGGAUGUAUGGGAGGAGAAGAUUAAGGAGGUCGAGAAUAGCCAGGCAGCUAUUGACAGCCAAGUGGCCAGCAUCAGAAAGGGGCUUGCAGAGAUGGAUCCCCUGUGCCCAGAGGCGAUCGACAGGGUACAAGAACUCCGAAGCCGGAUCGAAAAGUUGAGCUCAGGGGCUCGACAACCGUCUACCAGGGCGCAGACCGAGACGGUCACAAUACCAAAGACCCCAGGAGUCCUAGCCUCCCAUUACAUCAAUGGGGUUCGUCAUGGAGCGGGGAUCUGACCAGUGGGCAUAUCGAGCGCUGUGACGGCAUCCCUGCGACGACGAGGCCCGGUUCUUCUGCCGGUUGUGCUGAUCGUUCAACCUUCGAAUCUUUUCGGGUCUCUUUGUGUCUCCUCGCCAGCUUUUUGUCAUGGUAUGUCCGAGAGAGGGUGUUUGUUGGCUUUCUUCUCCAUACUCUUCGGCUUCAGAUAGUAAGAGUCGAAUCUCAUUGAUCAAUGUUUCGGCGAAGCAG